UGAUUGAGUGAUAAGAAUAAAUUCACUAUUUGAUUGCCAAUCAUAUAAUCAGGCUACGGGAAAAUUUUAAUGAAGCAAGACGCUAUGAGCCUGCCGCGCUUCGCUCCCCCUUUUCGGAGAUGUGUGACCUUGUCUCAUUGGUGGGAGUCUUCCGGCCACGACAGAAUGUUACACACCACCAGUACAGGAGCGAGGAAACUUUUUUUUGGCGUCUUUUACUUGAUUCUCUUGCUCAGCUACUCAUUUUCUGCGCGUGCGUUUGCUUCGACGCCGAAUGGGCGGCGUCGUUUGAAAAUAUCAGCAAAAAACGCUAUUUCAAGCGAGGGCACGAACGAAAUUCAGACUGUUUCAGCUUGUUUACCGAGAAGUCCAUUAACAAAUCGAAGUCGAGAUGAUUUGUCGUACGAAUUUUGGGGUGAAAAGUUAUCGUUGGCGCACUUUAAUAUGGAUUUACAAAAUCUGGCGUUGGACGACCCGGCCAAGGCGCAGGAUGCCUUAGAGAUCAUGCAGGAGCUUCACUGGAAAGACCCCGAGAAUCCGUUUACGGUUGAACCAGAUGCAACGUGCUACGCCACAGUAAUAGAAGCUCAUAUUGGAGUAGGGAACGUCGAAUCUGCAUGUUCGAUACUCGACUACAUGGAACGAAUAUCGGACGAGGCUAUCGAAGGUGGCCGCUGUUCACCACUGGUGCCGACGGAACGAAUUUACAUGCUGGUUGCACAAGGCUGGGCAAAUUGUGCCCGAGACGACAUAACCGGUCAUCCAGCAUUUGAAGCUGAGGCAUUAAUGAGACGAAUGCAAAAACGCAAGAUGGAACCGAGCGUCAAGGUCUGGAGCAUCGUGGUGGAGGCUUGGUGCAGACGAACUGGUACCGUUCGUGCAGCGAUGCAGCGAGCCGAGUCCUUACUCGAAGAAAUGGAAGCUUCAGUUGAUAAAAAGGUAGGAGAAAGGGAAGCAAAAAGGAGCGCAGUGCGUCCUAAUGUAUUAACAUACACUAGUUUUAUCGGAGGAUUGGCGAGGAGCAAAGAUCGCGAUUUGGCGACACGAGCAGAAGCUACUCUCGAGCGAAUGGAGCGAUUUGGAGUACAGGUCGAUAUGGUAGCAUAUACAUCUGUACUCAAUUGCUGGUCAAAAUCUGUCAGUAAGCGUGAAAGAUUGCAGUCGGCGUCACGUGCAUUGCAAAUUUUGGACAAAAUGGAAGGGAUGUACGCCAGGGGAGUGUACCACGUCAAACCAAGCCUUAUUACUUACGCAACAGCGAUUCGUGCUGUCGCAAACAGUCUUGAUCCAAGAGCUCCCAAAUUGGCCGAAGCUAUUUUACGAAGAAUGUACAAACUUUACGAGUCUGGAGCUAUCGAGAACCUGAAACCGGUCACAACCACAUACAACGCGGUUCUUAACGCCUUGAGCCGUGCGAACGGAGUCUCUCGUGUUAAAUUCGCAAGAAGAACAGAAGUUUUGAUGAAGGAAAUGUUCAAGCGAGCAGAAGAAGGCGAACGUGAUGUUAUGCCUGAUGUACGAACGUGGGCAGCUGUGCUGAGGGCAUGGUCGACUUGCGGCCAACACGACGCUGCUGAAAACGCCGAAAGGGUUCUACAAAGGCUCGAGACCCUACACCGGAACGGAAGUACGACGGUUCGGCCAAAUUACGUCUGCUAUACAACUGUAAUGGGAGCAUGGGGACAUUCAAGAAGACAGGAUUCUCUUGACAAGAUGGAGUCUCUUUUGAAGCUGAUGGAGGAAGGCUAUGAGAAAACACAAGAAGCUGAUAUCCGCCCAAAUACUGUUUCCUAUGUAACAGCAAUUGAUGCAUUCGUAAGAAGAAAUGACAACAAUGCAGCCACCCGCGCGCAGGAAACAGUCGACCGUAUGAUGCGUCUGUAUGCCUUAGGUCUCGGCCAUGUUCGACCGACGCGAAUAAUUUUCAAUACUCUGAUACAUGCCUGGUCAAAGUCGAAAGAUCGAGAAGCGGCCAAGAAGGCCGAACAAAUUUUCCAAUGGAUGGAAGCUCAGUACGAUGCAGGAGACUAUCUCGUGCGACCUGAUGAAGUGAGCCUUUGUGCGGUUUUAAAUGCAUGGGCAAAUAAUGCAGAGAACGGAGGCGCAGACCGGGCUAUUCAGAUUUUCAAUCAUAUGGAGGCUGUUUCUUUAGAAAAAAGAGGAUUUCACGUAUCGAUCAUGAUGCCUAAUAUUGUGAUCAAAGCUAUAGCACGAAGUAAAGACAAGGACAGUUUCCGUAAGGCGGAAGCAAUUCUUUUGAAACUUGAGGGCGACUACGAGAGAGGAUUGACAAUCGUUCAACCUGAUGUGACAACUUACUCUUCUGUAAUUAACUGCUGCGCGUAUUAUCGAUACGCUGAAGGAAGAGCAGAUGCGUUUGAAACUGCAAUGAGAACAUUUAGAAAGGUUUCUGUCCUCCACAAUGCAAGUCCAAAUAACAUCACUUUUGGAACUUUGUUCAAGGCAAUCACAAAUCUACUGCCCGAGAGCGAAAAGCGAGAACAACUUGUGGAAGAGUUGUUUGAUCAAUGCUGCACAAAUGGUGUAAUGGAUGGUUUCGUACUUUCUCAACUUCGGAACGCAAGCCCAAGACUUUACCGAACGCUUGUAUGCAAAACAUGUGAUCAGGGAAACUCACGAAGUGGGGAUAACAUUGACAGUAUAUUGAGACGGCUACAGCCGGAAUGGAGUCAGAAUAUUGUCGACUAGACAAUGAUUAGAAUUACAAACAUGGAUUGUAUACCGACUGGGCCUCUACCUUGUGUUGUACUUAAAAUUUCGCAGAAGUCAAACUCUUCUUGGAGUACAUUUACUGAAGUUUCAGAAGAAAUGUCCGAGACCAGUUGCUGAGGCUCUUGUCAACGUAGCUUCCAUCGACGACUGGAAGGUUUCUGCCCCUGGUAGUCUACCGAUGUCGCUCUAAUUUGCUAGCAGGGUGCUCACUUGUUACAAUUUCCAUGCUCUUGUAGAGUUGAAGGUCUUCAGAGAGUGAAUCUGGAGGCGUGCUCGCUUCGUUUUGUUCCAAAGGCGAAUUGAAAGAGAGAACAGAAAGUAUUCAGUUCCGGUUGAGCUAGCUCGAGGACCGGAGACGAGGAUUUAGAUAUCUCCGGGAUAUUUUACUCCUGCAGCUGUCUGAUGAGAGGGUGUGGCAAGCAAUUCAAAUUGCGCUGUUUCGAUAUUGGCGUCAACGCCUUUGCCGUAUCGAUCUUUUGAGCCAUCUGCCAAAAAGCGAAUGCCUCCUGCUCCGAAUUUCAAUAUUGCAUUUCGCACUGGCCACUGGAUUGAUCGAUACAUCAGUCCAAUGAGCGACGAAGUUCAGGUGCUCGCCUUUUUCGGUUUCAGCUUUCUUUGAUGAAUCUGGCUGUGAUCCGACACUAGACGUAUCGCCCUCCUCGGAGUCAACUUCUUCAUCUAUUCGAUCCAAUCUUAGACUGCUCUUUAUAGUGUGAGAGUCAGAUGUCAGAUCCGAUGCGCUCCAGGUAAUUGAUUGUCCAUUCAACUGGGAUACGGCGCAAGCGUCGUUCAUAUUGGCAACCUUCCAUCGCCAAAUCCCAUAGAAAGACACUCCUGUUAUGCAAAAGGCCAUCAUCACCACAGCUACCGCUACCACAAUAACGGAACUUGAAUUCAUCGCGCUACUAUUGUCUGUGUUGUUAUCCAGGAGAACGAGAUUUUCGCCAGUUGAAUACUCAAAGGAGGUCUGGGCCACGUUUGGGCCAAUAAGUUCGCGCAGAACAUUCUCAUUUCGCAGAAGACUUUCGAUUGUAGAGUAAGCUUUGACCUCCACUUCGGGUGCUCCCGACUCCAGCAAAAUGGAAGUAAUACCACGCACAGUACGACAUUCAUUGUACGCUGACAUUGAGUUGCAUUCGCCUACAAAAAAACAUCAAGGAAAUUGAAGUCAGGAGGCUGCCUGAAUGAUGGCAAAAACAGUUUGCAAAAGCUAUUCAUACCACCAGUCAAAAACCAAUGAUUCCUAGAAAGUUGCACGGCAAACAACGGUUGUUGGAGGUCGUCACAAUCAUCGAGAGCAUGGGCGACGGCUGUUGCGAGCAAUUGCUCCACAUCAUCAAGAUUCACAGCUGUAUUACGUAAAAAUUCAAUCGAGUACAGGUAGAACAGGUCAAGUCUUGCUUUGAAAUUUCCUACUCGAACCCUAUCACAGGUGCUUGAGAUGAUACUCUUAUUCUCUGGUUCCCGACUCAGCGAAAGAAAAGUCAGAUCAGCGGAGCUCAGCCCCUUUGACCAUUUCCAGCAAAGAAGGGAGACCAGUAAAGUCAGCGUCCAUGACAUUGUUCAAUAGGCCUAGGUUGCAGGUCGAGUGAUACCUGCCAUUGAAGACAGGUCCGUGUUAGUGCUGCUCCUUUGGGUUUUUUUUUUUUUCUGAGCCAAUUUUACAAAGUUCGAUUGCUUGAGGUGCAGCGGGACGGAUUGGCUGCUUUGGUUUUCAUGUGAAGCACAUGGUUGCGAGUAAAUACAAAGAUCAACUUAAAUUGCAACGAGCAUUUGUCUAGAAUAUUUAAAUUCGAUC